UUAGAUGUAAACUUGGAUAUCAUUACGUGUAUUUAUCAGGUCAACACGAGACAAUGUGACCCGAUUUUCCCGAAUUUCCGACAAUGUUGGAUAAGUUUUGCAAAAUAUGAUGCAUCCCUUUGUCAAUAUUCUUGAGCGAUUUUUUUCCAAAACAGGAUAAGCUCUUUUAAUUAAAUUUCCUGGAUUUGUGUCAUCACUGCCCUUCUCGGUUUUCCUGUCCGGGAAUAUUUGGAAUACGCUCUCCGGCUCCGCUGUUUAGUAUUGAUUCCAAGCUGCACUAUGAGGAUCACAGAAAAAUGUCUUCUUUGUUUGUGGAGUUCCGUGAUUGCUUCUUCACUGCAGACAACUUUGAUAUCUGGACAGGACAACUUGAGUUCGAACCAUGCGGUGUUUUGCCGAUCGCAAGCGGGGACCUACAGGACCGUCCAAAAAUUUCAACUCACUUCCUAUGCUUGGUGUUUUCAUUUCAUAUUCUACAUAAAAUACAGAUCUAUUGUGAACGCAACAGGAAGUACGCCUUCGGUUUUAUUUAUUCAAGAUGGCCGUAUUCGUAUCAUCCCGUCUCUAGAUUAUACAAAUCGUUCCGCACGUGGAAACGUCUGUUCGUACCUGAGCCAAGAUGAAUGUCAUCAGUGGACAUCUUGUUGCUCUGCUGCAGACGACUGUUGUCAAAGGCAACUUGCACUUCCGCCGGAAGUAAACGAUACAUGUGGUCGUAUCUGGGAUGGUUGGAGUUGCUGGGAUGACGUAGCUCCCGGAACUAAAAACUACGUUCCCUGUCCUCUUUUCAUGCCAUUUUUCUCACAGUCAAGAAGUGCUAUAAAGACGUGUAAAGAGGACGGACAAUGGGUAGAGCGCACGGACUACAGCCAUUGUGUGGACAAACAGGGGAUAGAGACGAGUCUGUUCCUUGGGCUGGGCUUCAGCAUAACCAGCAUUCUAUUUCUUGUCCCCGCGGUUUGCAUCUUCAUCAGAUACAGAACGUUAUCUCGACAGAACAGAGUGCGCGUGCACAUAAACUUUUUCAUGGCUCUUAUUGUACAGGAAGUCGUAUCGGGAUUAUGGGAUAUAUUGAUAACCUACGACAAAAUCAAAAGCUCCGAGGUGUUCCAAACAGCCCUCAUGAAGAAUGGCCCGUGGUGUAAGCUCCUCUCCUUCCUGAAGAUUUACUUUAAGGGCUGCACGUACACGUGGAUGCUGUGUGAGGGGGUAUUCCUCCACAGGUUGAUGUCCAACGCCUUCUCCCCUCCCCAGUCCCUUCAUCUCAUCUACGUCAUCGGCUGGGGAAUACCCCUGGUCUUCUCGGGAACCUACGCCAUUAUCAGAAAAACGCUGAGUGACGAAAGGUGCUGGACGUUUUCAUAUAAAGCUACAGAGUGGAUAUUUGAUGCGCCAAAUCUUACGUGUCUUGUGUCAAAUUUGAUAAUUCUUGGAAAUAUACUUCGGAUAUUGCUGACCCAGAUGCAAUCUCAUCCGAACGAACCAGGAAACUUUAGGCGAGCUGUGAAGGCCACGUUCAUCCUGAUUCCUCUGUUUGGGAUCCAGUUAUUUGUCACCCUAUACAGAGUCCCUAUCAGCGUAGAGGGAGGGCUGGAGUAUGAGAGAUUCACUAUUAUUGUGGACCAUUCCCAGGGAGUGUUCGUGGCUAUUGUUUUCUGUUACAUGAAUGGCGAGGUGAUAUCAAAUAUCAAGAAAUCUUGGAGACGUCGCCUUAGCAACAGGUACUUUCGCUUCCCGAGACGGAUGACGAUUUCCACCAAUCAGACCAUGUCGUCUCAGGCUGAUUGUGACGUAGCUGAAAAUGACGUAGUUCCGGUGAAUUUUCUAAAUACCAGUAACGUUAAAAGACCCGACUCGAGAGAAGUGGAGCUAACAGAAUCCAUUGGAUCCAAUGGAAAUCCAGCGGGAACUACGAGAGAGGGGAGGAAAGUCUCAUUUGCUAACUUCCCGCCGUCACACCCGACUUGAUUUCAGCCAUCUUGUUUUUAAUUGACGGUGUUGUACAUUUCUGUGAAUCAAAUACAGAGGGGUGUAUCGGCCCUGAUACGACUUGUCUUGGACUACAUGUACAUGUAGGUGAGGCAGUAUCUGAAACCUACUAAGGCUGUAUCUCCCUCCGUGACUGAGAUAUCUCUGUGUUAAGAAGGCAAAGUGGCCUACAAAUUAACGCCCACAUCUGCGUUAAACUUUGACUUAUGAAAAUUGUGCUCAUAAACUAACACUUAGUAAAGUAUAAAUAAAAAAUUGAUCAAUUCCCAAAUUCCUCAUACACAGAUUUUCUACUUACGGAGAUUGAAAUAGUCUAAAAAUGACCUCGACCAUCAAGUCUUUUUAACCGACAUCGAUAUUAAGGAGAUAUUUCGAACACCAUCAAAGUCAACAACAAAUUCCCUUUUUUUUCAUAAGUUUUGCCAUUUAAGUAAAUCAAUGGAUCAGCA